AUGGCGAGUCCACCUCCCGAAAGCAAUGACUUCAACUGGUCACCAAACAGGCUCUCAGUUAUCCGGCGGAGGGCCUUGGUCCUCGCUGGUUUUUGUCUACUCACCUUCUGUUCAACUGUAUUUGUCAAAGUUGUUACAGUCGGGACGAUAGGACUUGAGCAACAGGGCCUCAUGAAGCGACAGUUUCAGCUCGGUGGAUUGCUAGGAGGCAUGUUUAGAGAGGUAAAUGGUGCAAAAUCUCUCGAAAUACCAUCAACCGCAGAGUCUGUGCAGCAAGAUUCCACCACUACUUCAUGGAUGUCAAGUCACACAGUCGGGAUACCCACAUUGGCAAGUCAUACUCUCGAAUCUUCAAAGACAACCACAGAGAUUACGGGGUCAAAUAUCUCUCCUGGUGACCCCAAUAAUCUGCUGGAUAUCUUGGCGGCGGCAGUGAAACAGGCGAUCAAAGAUUCAGAAAAGCUCCCAUCCACAGCACCGAAUCAUCUUCAGAAGAGCGUUCUAUCCGAUUUGAUCGCAGGUCAGUCAUUUGCGGCACCACUUUCAGCAGACUCAUCGAUAUCUCUCCCUUUUCAGACGUCUCUUUCAAACUCUAUGGGAAUUCUUCCGACUCCCUCGGUCAGGAUCCUUGGUGGGCUCUCAGCGGAUGACUUAACAUUACGAAUGCACACUGCACGAGCAAUUGCAGAGGUGCCCCCGUCAGGAUUUUCGACUGGUGGCCCUUCUUUUUUGAGCGAAGUGUCAAAUAUUGUUGCAGAAAUAUCGGACAUUGAUCCAAUAGCGGCUGCCAAGCUCACAGACACGGUACUCGAUGCUCUUCAUGUGAAUCCGUCCGCCAUUGCUUCAGCAGUACCAAAAGUCGCAAAUCAGGUUUCUCUUCCAGCUGCGGAUCUGCUCCCACUUAUCAUUCCUGCCGUUGCUCAGGCUAUGGAUCAGCCUCUACCUCCGAUACCUUCCGUAAGCACAUUGGAUAUGGUGGAAACGUUAGACAAGGUCCUCCAGCAAGGAACAACAGUCAUCAAUGAUCUCAGCAGAGCCCUUGAAGAUAUCACUGAUCCAUCGCUCCUAGCAGUUGUCAAUCAGGUUGCUAUGAUCGUCAGUGAUGUUGCCGACUAUUUGGAUAAGCCCCUUUGUGCCGUUGAUCAAGUCCUGGACGGGGUUUCUUUUGACGCAGUCAUACCUUGUGCUUCAGCCGAAGCCGGGUCUCUUACUUCAGUCGGCCAACUCACAACAUUGGCUGCACCUGUGUUGCCUGGGCCAACGUCUCAUUCUAACUCAGGAGAAGUCACGACUCCUGCACCACCUAGUCCAUACUCAUCCAAGCCUGCAGCUGCAAGUCCGACCAAAAUGAACAGUCCAUCUCCUGCAAAUGAAGGAAACGGAGGCAGCCCUGCAUCAAACAAUGGUGCCCCCGCCGGAACUACACCAGCCAGCCCAUCGGCUCCGAGGACCCAAGUGCCCACCAACCUCCUGAUCCUUCAAAAGGGCCUUGUCCUGGAAAGGGUUUCAAAUGUGCUGAAUGUCUUGACGGCUGGUUUUGCCCUCCGCAAGAGACACCAGCGCAAGUUGCUCCUUGCGGAGUUGGAUGGCCAUGCUAUCACUGUCCAGAAGGCUGGUUCUGUGCCUCGACGGCAACACCUAUCCCAACGCCUCCUCCAAGUUCCGUGGCAGGACUGCCCUCAGGGAUUAUAA